AGCGUAUAUGUAAGCAGGCUACCAGCCUCUAUUAAUAUAGAGCGUAUAUGUAUAUGCUAACGAGUGUGCCCAUGCCCAAGAUCCGUGAACACGGGCAUGAUUAGAGCCAGUGGUGGUGCAAAGAAUUAAUCCUGGCCCAUGUAGCACUAUCAAGCGCGGGAGCCCUGGUGUACUGAAUACCGAAGAGCUCUGUCAUCCCCACAGCAGACAAGAGGUGAAACUCAGGGAAAACUGACUGUGGCGAGAACUUCGGAUUCCCUCUCAAGGCAGGUUUUUGCAGUGUCCUCUUGCAGAGUGUUUGGAUGGUCCCACGAUUAUAAUAUUGCCCAAUGCGGGUCAUUAAUAUCCCAGAUUAAGCGCUCAUUUGGAACGUCUGCAUGCAGGCGACAUGGACCUCCCCCCCGGUUUGGGCGAUCAAAUAUCGAGUAUCACUGAAGUCCCACAGACAUGUCAGCCUCUCGGCAUCAAUAAGCUUCCCAUUGAAAUCAUUCGGGAAAUCUUCGUGCUUGGGAAUUCCUUCCCUAUCCAAGAAAUCAUUUCUAAUGACAUUUCUACCAAUGUAGCGGCAGUAUCGAGAUUCUGGCGUUCCGUGGCUCUGUCAGAACCCCGACUUUGGUCGAAAAUUUGUUUGAAGUUGGGUGAUAAACGGUGGUUAGGGGGAUUUGAUCAGUUCACUUCCUAUCUCGAGAGAUCGAGAGGUGCUCGAAUCCACCUUUGGAUUGCCAAUUAUCGCGGCGCACCAAUGGAUGCCCAGUGUCGAUCAAUGGAAUUAGCCGCACCUCACUUGGAUCGCUGUUAUUCAUUGAUCUAUGACGAUCAUGAGUUCCACAUGCCCAAUGCCUGGAUCCCAUUGACUCACCCAUUUCCGUCACUCAAGGAACUAGACAUCUUCUUGACGCCGCGGUGGAGAAUUGGACUCAAUCCAGAGGCCAUUCAACUCGGGCCGAAUUUGAACCUCCACGAGUUCAAGCUUUCACAUUCACAUUUGCACACCGGCUUCCUUGCACCAUUCAACGUCUCGAAAAGUUUGAACUUGACAAAGCUGCCCGCUUUUACGGUAUUCAGUGUGCUCAGACGCAGCCCCGAAAUCGAACGGCUCAGAAUCUCGCUCCACUGGACGUCGAUCCUUCCUUCGUCCCUCUAUUCUCUAUCACUUCGCAAUCUCCGAACACUCGAAGUAGAUGCUGGGCCCUUCCCCUACGAGAUCGCUCCGCGACUCAAACUCCUGCGUGUAGCGCAACCACAGAGCUUAAAGAUGUUGACUUCGUCUUCCGCUCUGGGAUAUGCCGACUCUCUCGCAAUGGUAAAAGCCCUUGACUUGCGGGGUUGGGUGACUUACGGGCAGGGAGAAAGGUACCUUGUUCACUUCAGCUCCCUUUUCGCCCUUUCUUUGCGUUAUCGCCGAGGUUUGGAGGCCCUCAUCGAGUUCCUCGCCCCUGAUGGACAAGCGGUACAGGAUCGCUUCAAUACCUCUGAUUCUCAUGAAUCACGCAACGUCCAAACGCCGCCAUGUCCGAACCUGAACCUCGUCAUCAUUGAAUUUCUCGGGGAAGCUGUAGUCCCUGAGGGACUCACAAAAGCUUUGAGAAGCUUACUCCUCGGCCGUUCUGAUAUUACUAUUAUUAUUGAUUGGGUGGGGGCCACGGAACUUUCGCAGACGCUUAAUCUGCUAGCAGGCCAAUUCCCGCGCAGAGUUCUAUUCCAGGUUACUGGCUGCUUCAACUUGGACGUUGAAGAGCUUAGGAUCAGUUUUUUCGGAUGAGUACUCCCCCCCAUUCGUGGGAUGCCACAAUUCGGCUCUGAAUUGGCUAAGAGGGUGAGUUG